AUGUAAAAUAAAUUAUAUUUGAAUAUCAUAACUGAAAAUACUAAUAUAUUUGAAUCUUCAUAUACUUACUUAGAAAAACUAAUAAAAAUUUUAGAAGGAACAACAUUAAAAAAUUGGAAUGAUUAAAGAAAUUACUAUUUGAUGAAGUUGUAAAAAGUGUCUGAUUGGUGGGCUAAAGAAAUUAAAUUUUUUAAUUAAAGAUGA